CAGACGCACCUGAGCGGCUCGAGCGCAGCACCGUGACCAUCAUCGUCCCUCACACCCACUCCCACUCCUGUCCUUAUAUAUAUAUCUGCCACGUCGCCACCGAUGGAGACAGAGACGCCGGCUGACAUUCCGGCGGAUCGUCGCUGACGCACAUUUCCAGCUGCGCCUCUUUUUUCCUGCGGACAGAUGAUUGAGCUUUUCCACGCGAUGAAAGCGGGACUUUCGGGAAGAUCAGGAAGUCCUGGGAGCUCAGCGUGAAAUCUUACAACAAUGUCCCACACCAUCUGCGUGGAAAACUUAAAGCCAUGCUGCGAGCCGAGGGGCGCGAUGGAGCGGAGGAUCUGGAGCAGAUGGACGCAUGUCCCACAGCACACCUGAGACCAUAUUUGUUGCUGAAUGGGUGACAAGCCUUCAGUCACUUUAUAUACUCUACAUAUAGUGAAGGGCAGGGUCCCCCAGCUGGGUUGCAGGGAUGUACCAGGAGGUGGCCUUCUUGGCAGGCAGCACUGACCACCAGUUCAAAACCUUCAGCUACAACCGAGUGGAAAAUCCACAGGAGGUCACAUCCAAAAAGGGUUUGUUCUACAAAAGAGCCCAGGUUCUGCUCCAGCCUCAGCCCAACCAGCAGGAAAAAGAUGACAGGGCGGCCAUAAUCAAUGUCGGUGGGAUCAAGUAUCACAUCCCCUGGUCCACGCUGGACGAGUUCCCUCUGACAAGAUUAGGCAAGCUGCGCAGCUGCAGCAACGAAGCUGAGAUCAUGGACGUGUGCGACGACUAUGACGGCAGCUGCAACGAGUACUUCUUCGACAGGAACCCGUCUGCUUUCCGAAUCAUUGUGACCUUUCUGGCUGCUGGGAAGCUGAGGCUGCUGAGGGAGAUGUGCGCCCUGUCCUUCCAGGAGGAGCUGCUAUACUGGGGCCUGGAGGAUGAUAACCUGGAAUGGUGCUGCCUCAGGAAGCUGCGUCUAAGGCAGGAGGAGUACAAGGAGCAGCAAAGGCUGGAAGAAGAGGAGGCCGAGCUCACCGCCCCACAGUCCUGCGAGGAGAGCCAACAGCCCCCUGGAGGACCGGAGGAGACCCUCUCAGGGGGUUGCAUGCGAAGGCUGAGGGACAUGGUGGAGAACCCGCACUCAGGCCUGCCGGGGAAAAUCUUUGCUUGCCUGUCGGUGCUGUUUGUCGCCAUCACUGCCGUGACGUUGUGCGUCAGCACCAUGCCUGACCUCAGAGAGGAGGAGGAGAGGGGGGAGUGCUCCCAGAGGUGCUAUAACAUCUUCGUUCUGGAAACGGUCUGCGUCGCCUGGUUCUCCCUGGAGUUCCUUCUGCGCUUCAUUCAGACUCAGAGCAAGUGCAUGUUCCUGCGUACGCCGUUGAACGUCAUCGACGUGGUGGCCAUCCUCCCCUACUACAUCACCCUCAUCGUAGACUCUCUGUCUGUGGGAGAAAAGCCAGCAGGCUCCGGGAACAACUACCUGGAGAAGGUGGGUUUGGUUCUUCGGGUUCUCCGAGCCCUACGGAUCUUCUACGUGAUGAGGUUGGCUCGUCACUCCCUGGGCCUCCAGACGCUUGGCCUGACGGUGAAAAGGUGCACACGUGAGUUUGGCCUGCUGCUACUGUUUCUCUGCGUGGCCAUGGCUCUCUUCUCGCCGCUGGUGUUCCUUGCCGAGAGCGAAUUGGGCGCCAAGCAGGAAUUCACCAGCAUCCCAGGCAGCUACUGGUGGGCUGUGAUCUCCAUGACGACGGUUGGCUAUGGCGACAUGGUCCCGAGGAGCAUCCCGGGCCAGGUGGUGGCACUCAGCAGCAUCCUAAGCGGCAUCCUCCUCAUGGCCUUCCCCGUCACCUCCAUCUUUCACACCUUCUCCCGAUCCUACGUGGAGCUGAAGGAGGAGCAGAACCGGGCCCUAAGGCAGAAGCCGGACUCGCAGGACAGCACCAAGUCACAGAACAGCGAAGACUCCCAGGAGAUGGACAGCUUCCACGGCAUCGCUGAGGCCAGGGUGGCGGCAGUGCUGAGGAGGAAGUCCAUGGCAGCUCAGAGGGCGGCUGAGAUUAGGGCAUCCAUGCAGACUUAAAUGCCCUGCUUCAGUUCAAUACGUUUCUGUGACUUUCCUGAGCAUCAGUGUAUCUGAGGGUGGCUACUCUUACCAAGGGGCAUAGAAAUCUUUCUUCUCUUUUGCACAAAUCUUACUUCAAAAUUGAACAGCAAUUUAUUCCUGAUUCUAAACCUUUAGAAAUUUAAGACUAAAUGCCGGGAAGCUUGUGAGAAGGAAAUCUAACGCCACAGCAUCCCAUCCUGUUCUUCAGUGCUUGGACUGAAAUCUGCACUGCUUUUUGUUAGGAAAUAAAGGUGUUUACUAACUUGUCAAAGAUCCAUUAUCGAAAAAGAAAUACAGCGGAUACCAGAUAUAUACAUUUACUGUAUAUAAAUAAAUACUUUUUAAAAAUUAAAUCAGAGAAACCUUUCCUGAUUUAAUGUCACAUAGGAUUGCCUUCAUAUUUUCUUUUACUAAAUGUUCAGAAGUUCACAUUGGCCUGUCAGCAAAGAAGAAGCCAUCAACAGCAAACAAAGAAAGAUCACCAUCUGUAAAUUUUCUCAGGGGCAAAGAUCUUAAUUUUUAUUGUUGGUCCUUUAGUCUUAUAUAAUGAAAACUGAAUGGUGUGGCUAUACUGAUCAAAGUUAAAAUUGAAGGAAGAAGGGGAAACUUUUUUUGUGUUCAGAACAUCUUUUUUUUUCAGUUUUAAUAUUUAUUACAUCCUUCAACAAUUAAACAUACAGUGAAACCAGUGAUGACAGUUUCAGUACUGUAAAGUGUACAACAUUAAGUGAUUGUACAGAGAAGGACUUGAGUUUUUAACAUUUCCCCCCUGAACAGAAGGGGAAACUUUUAAUCCCAAAUGACCUUCACCUCUGGGAAGGAUAGGUUUACGGUUUCUAGUAUCAUAAGGGUCUUUUAGUGCUGGAAAUAUUGGUGAGCUUCAUAAAACAGCUUCCAUCACUAGGAAAUGAUUAUGACCGGAUGCUCCAGAUAUCAGACAUAAAGUGAAAGCACAAUUUGGUCUAAAUAUAAAACGGCCCAAAGCAGCCAGUAUGGGGUUAUGUAACUGUAAGUGUAAGUCAAUAACAUGAAUAUAUUUGACAUUUUUUGUUUGUUUCUUGUUGUCAACUUAUAAAUGUAACAUCAGAUGGUUUAUCUGAACAUUCAAGUUUAGAAGUUACGAAUUUAAGUUACAAAGUUAGAACGGAAAAAAUACAAGAACAAAUCACAUCACGAAGAAUGAAUCACAAAUAUACAAGUAAAGUUACAAAUUUACAACUACGAGUUUCAAUUGAACCGGCCGAACCACCUGAGCGUGCCUGCCCAGGCAUAUAGAGGGGGUACCAUCUGAG